UGAAACUCAAUGCCCGGCCAAUUGCAGAAGUAGAGUGGCAGUCGUUGUAUUAAGACGUGUUUUGCGGAUCCAAAACCAACCAACCAUCCAACAAAUCAAGCCCAAGUUUUUUGUUCAAAAAUAAAUUUAAGAAAGAAAACAAUUUGAGUCUGAAAAAGUGUUGCGAAUUAAGAAAAAAGAAAGCCGUUUAUAAGGAGAAAUACUUUUAAAUGACCGAUAAGGAUACCGCCUCAAUGACAACAGUCCAAAUGAAGGCCGACUAUGCCGCUAGCGAGGUGUAUAGCACCGCUAGCGAGCCACCACCGCUGGGAUUUUUUAAUUUUAAUCCUCAACAGGCCUACAAGCGUCAAUCGAAUUCGGUGAAAAUUGCUAAAAUCACCGCUUUCACCAUAAUCGUCUCGUCAUUCAUUUUGGGAGCAUUUAUUUUGGCUUCAUCAUAUUUGCAAGCCAAAGCAUCAUGUGACCAAGUGCAGGCACUUGAUUCGGUUUUAGAGAAGGAAUUGAUGCUGGAGACUUUGCAACAAGUAAACAAGGAGCUUCCACGGGCCGAAGCCUUAUUGGGACGUGAAAAUGUCAAUGAUGACGAUUUACAAAGUCUCAAUAAAAUGGAGACCGUUAAAAAGGUUGAGAUCAAAGCCGAACAAGCCACUCCCUCCGAAGAAGAGUUUAGCAUGAACAAGAUCAACAGCGACAGCGAAGAGGCUGAGGUUAUGCAAAAGUAUCCCGGUAAAAUUCCUUUGGAAUUGGACUUGAGCGAUUUGGCAGCAGCUCUUUUGCAAAACAACAAGAAAUCUCGUAUGAACUGUGUUGUCGAACGUAAACAUGCCGAGGAACUGGUUGACUCUCCCUCCAAAACUGUGGCCUUGCCCUUCGGCAUGAAUUUGACCACUGAACCCAAGAAGGCUCGCAUUACUGGUGAACGCAUUUCGAUUUUCUGCGAAAGUGGCAACGAAAGCAAGGAACAAGACUCGUCCAAGAGUUCUCGCAGUGAAGAUGAUGAUGACAGCGAUGAAGAUGUUGAAUCUAUUCGCCCCAUGUUCUUCCCCUUCCAACGCGUGCCAAUUCCAUUCGGACCCAUCCCCAACCGUUUCCCAUUGACCCAUAUGCCACAGCGUAUGGAACCCAUGAAGCCACGUCACCAACCUGAACAAUUGCCCGGUUUCUUGCGUCAAAUGCCCCCACCACCACCACCAUUCCAGCAGUUGCCCAUGCGUCCCCCCAUGCCACCACAAGUGAUGCAGGCUCCCCACCCUGAACCUCAACGUAUCUUGCGCAUUCAAGUUCAUCAGAUCCCCUUGAGAGAGUUGAUACAUGUUGCUGAUGAUGUGCCCCAACAAAUCCAGCCACCACAACAGGCUCCUCUGCCACAACAACAACAACUCCAACAACAACACCAACAACAAAGCGAGUCCCAGCAACAACAAGAUAGUCCUCAAAGGCCAUUCUUCCAAAUCCAACGUAUGCCCUUAGAUUUGGCCUUGGAGCGUGCCGGUAUUACCGCUGAAGAUUUGGCCAACAUUCAACGCAUGACCGAAGAUCGCAUUAACGAAGAAUUCCGUCGUCUGACCAUCGACUCCGAUGAGGAAGACAACAGCAAUAGCUCCGAAGACGAUGAAGAACCCCGUGAGGCAAGCAGCAACAGCGAGCAAGAAAAGUCCCAGCAACAAGAGAGCCAACAAUCUGAACAAGAUUCGGAGCAACAACAACGUCAAGCCCGCAUGCAAGCCAUGCCCAUCCAAAGACUCAUCCUGCAACCUUUGCCUGAGCAACCACGUGAUACCAUGAUCCCACCCAUGCCCGAUCGCCGCAUGCCAAUGGGUCAUCCCGGCUGGGGUCGUUCCCUUGCUCAACCUGUUAGCAUACCUGUGCCCAUGAUGGAUGGCCAAAACGAUAUGUCCGCUCAAAAUGAUGAUUCCUCGUCUUCCUCCUCCUCCUCCGCUGCCGAUGAGUCCGAGAGACCACAUUAACUUUUUUUUUCUUUUAUUUCUACUUACAGUUGUCCACCCACGUUCCGUCUAAGAAUCUGAUUGUAUUAAAUCAUCUGUGAUGUUUUGCUGCUAAUUUCAACCCAAAAUGGAAUCUCCAAAUAUCCAAUAUUUUAAUAAAACCCAACUAUACACACGCACACACACAUAUACAGAAAGAGCAAUAAACAAUGGCAGCUGUAAUUAAUCUCUUCCGAGUGUAUAAAUUUCAAUGUUUCCCUUUUUAUUAUUUUGGCUACUUGUAAGAAAAUAAUAAUAAUUGGUCCAUUCGAAAAAAAUAAAUAUUAUAUAAACCAACACAGCAUAUGUGUGUAAUCUCUA